CGCGCAGAAUUGCCACUGCAACUCAGCACAGCAAUACAGCAUAAAACGAUAACACAUUGCGAAUUGCAACCGUGCCGUGAGAGACAUUGAGUCACGUCACAACAAUCCCCUCUCCUUUUUUUUUUCUCUCGCACACACAAACACACACAUAUGAGCAGUUUGCGAACGAAACGAGAGGAGACUACACUCAGGGGGUGGUUGUGUUCGAGUCGAGGUGUGCAGAUUUUACUCGAGCGUGAUGCUGAUAUACACAUUGCUCACACAGAGCUGUCAGCCGUGCGUGUGUGUCAGUGCACGAACAGCACCAUCAUCUUCGUAUUGUUAAGCAUUAUACGCGCAAACAACACAGAACAUAUCUAUACGUAUGUGUGCAAGAUUAUACAGUAAUCAUCAAGAUUUCGGACGCACAUCGUAAAAAAAGUCGUGUGUAGAUUUGCUAUUGCGAAGCACAACACAGCCCGACGGAGCCUCUCGCUGCUUGGCACACAACGCUACUUGCAAGUAACGCAUACAGUCACAUAGACGAACGUCGGAAAAGCAUCAAGCGGAACAACACAAAUAUGUGUGUUGUCAGCGAAUUGCCAUUUACUCGAUACGCGGUGACCUGCAAUUACAAAGGAUAGCAUUUUGUUACAUACAAAAAAGUUGUAUGUUGUUCCGUAGCAGUGCUGUGCCUCGGCACUCGCUUCGAGUCUCGCGACGUUAUCAGUGAUUGGCGAUUGGAGGCAAGCAGAAGAGAUCCGCGCGCAGACGUCAUUUGGCAAAUCAUUGAGAGAUUAUUAUUAUGAGUGCUGCUGCGGCAUCUCCGGCCAACCAAGACGUUUUAGUUGUUGUAUGUUUGCAUUCAGCAAUGCCGAACUGAUCACGCUUCGUCAGCGCACGGACGGACAGCGUCGGCUCGCUGAUGCGCUCGGCAAUCAGCGAUCGCUUUAUACCGUGAGUUUUGCUACUAUUGCUGCCUUUUUUUCUUUCUCUCCUGCUUAUCUAUUGGAUCGCGCAAAAGUAGGCUAAACGCAAAACUAGGCUUGUGUAAGUUGUGGGUGUGUUUGCUCGGUCGUUAUGGGUACCAAAGAAGAGAGUUGCAAUUAAUCCAGCAUUUUCUCGCCUCUCUACCAUCGAGUCGCAUAUAUAUCUCUCUAGCACGUAUACAUAGCAUAUAUGCUGCGAGUGCGUCGUGAUCACUUGAAAUGUCACUGAAUUUUACUCCAAUAACGUUAUCGUUUUUAUCGAUUGAUUGCUAUUAAAGAGCGAUCAAAACGUCCAUAUAAUGGCUUAAUUAUGUUUUGUAAUGGAGGAUAGUUUAAGUGUCAAAUCAACUGAAUCAGUGGCGACCAGCGACGAGUAUGAAUUUGUCAGUGAUAAAGGUACUAUAAGGCAAUCUAGGUCGUUGCUAGAGUCGCCCAUGUUAAAAAUUCCAAACAAUGGCAAUUUAGAAGAUUUGCAGAAUAAUUUACAUGAAGUUCUAAACGAAGAAUCCAAAAUGAAUGAAAAAGCAGAUAAUAAAAUUGAAACGCCAACUGUGCAGCAGACCAAAACCAUUGGUCAGAGUAAAUUUUAUGAUGUUGCACCUGCAGCAACAACUCCAGAAAAGCAAGAUGAGAUGAAACCGGAUAAUUAUGAAGAUGACUAUGAACUCACCAUUUUAUCGGAUGAGCAACAAGAAUAUACAAAAUUUGAUGCAAUAACUUAUUUUGGUGCUGCUGGUAUAGAUGCACCUAAAUCAGAAAUUGAAAUUCAAAGAAAUAUGAGAUUACUAACUGAGCAAAAUACUAUUGCCAUAAAAGUAUCUCUCUCUGUGCCUAGUUGUUCAUCAGGAAGUGUCAUAAUGUAUGAGGCUGCUACACAGAAACCUAUAAACAGUUACGAAGUACAUAGAAUAGUAUUCUAUGCUCGAGGGGAAAGCAAUGGACCUUGCGCUUCAUGUUUUGCUUUCACUUGGACUCAUGGAGACUCUCAAGAUACAGCUAUAUUUCAAUGUCUAAUUUUUCGUUGCGAUAUUCCAGAAGCUGUAAGACAAGUAUCUUCAUGCUUUGCAAAAGCUUUCAAUAGAUAUCCUAGGUCAUUGACUAGUUCAAUGACUGGUAGUGAAUUUAAUAAUGGUUUCAAUCCUGCAAGUGAUAAAAUCAAUUCAAGAGUUUUUAUAUUUGAAGUUACUUUGGAAAUAAAAGAAGAAGAUGGAAAGGGUGCUUACAAUACUGUUCCCAAAGACAGAAACUUUUUUAAGCUAAGAAGUAAUGUAUCUAAACAAGUCUGCUUGAGUAUUCAGCAAGUCAAAGAAGGUGGUAUAAAUCUUGAGAUAGAAAGAUGCUUUGGCGUUUUAGUCAGCCCUGGUCGCAAUGUUAAGCAAAGUGAUAUGCGAUUGUUAGAAAUGCAAAUAACAUCUUCACCAAUGGUAAUGGAUGGGCAAAAUUAUAAUGUCUGUGGUAAAUGGGAUCCAGCAGAUCCAGCUCUAGAGGCCUUAAAUAUUGAAACCUCUCGCGAAGGAAGCACUCCUAUGACAGUUGCAGUGGAUCUGGUUAUUCGUGGAAUCAGAGAACCUGUUAGAUUUGUCAUUGAAACAUCUGCCCGAAUAUUUCCUCAAAAUGAGCGAUUUUGGUAUUUAAAUAAGAAAAAUCUAGUGCAACAAUUUUGCGUUAACGCAAAAGAGAUCAUUAUUAAUGAGGGAAACGAAGUUCACUAUGAAGUAACGAAUAUUGAUACUUCUGGCGAAAUAGACAGAAAUAGAUUAAAUUUGGCUUUAAAUUUGGCUUCUUUGAUAAGGUCGCCAUCCUCCACAAGUAUAGAUACGCUCACUCCCAAAGAAGACUUAGAAUCUGUGCUCUCUGACGGAGAUGAACCCAUGUUGAGUGGAACCGGUAUAGUUUCCAAAGAUUGCUCUGCAGAUGUGCUUGCCAGUUGGUCUUCGGUAUUAGAAAAUUGGCAGAUUAAUGAACCACGAACGAAACUCCUCAUUAAACUUACGAGACAAGGUAUUCCAGAAGCUCUUAGAGGAGAAGUUUGGCAGAGACUCAGCAAUUGCGAUAAUUCUGAAGAAAUGUUUGAUAAAUACCGAACACUCAUCACCAAAGAAAGUAGCUGUGAAAGUGUCAUUUUGCGGGAUAUAAACCGAACAUUCCCAGCUCAUGAUUUCUUCAAAGAUAUUGCGGGACAGGAUUCAUUGUACAGAAUAAGCAAAGCAUACGCUAUUUAUGAUGAAGAAGUCGGUUACUGUCAAGGUUUAAGCUUUUUAGUCGCUAGCUUACUCUUACACAUGCCUGAAGAGCAAGCAUUUUGCGUAUUGGUCAAAUUGAUGUUUGACUACGGUUUGAGAGAUUUAUAUAAGGACAGAUUCGAUAAUCUUCACAUGAGAUUUUAUCAGCUUAAUCGCUUGAUGGAGGACCAAUUGCCAGACCUCUAUAAGCAUUUCUGUGAUCGCGGCAUCGAGACGCACAUGUUUGCCGCACAAUGGUUUCUUACCUUGUUUACCGCCAGAUUCCCGCUUUAUCUUGUCUUUCACAUAUUAGACGUGUUUCUUAUUCAAGGACUCGAUACGUUAUUCCAAGUAGCACUCGCCUUAUUAACGUUCAGCAAGAAGGAGCUGUUACAAUUGGAUUUCGAGAGUACCUUGAAAUAUUUCCGCGUGCACUUGCCUAAACGGUGCCGCAACGAAGAGGUUUCACGUUAUAUCAUGAAGUUGGCCUGCUCGAUCACGUUGAAAAAAUUAAAGAAGUACGAGGCUGAGUUCAUGGCAUUGAAAGAGGCCCAAGACAGCGCCGAGGAGUUCGGCAACGAGGUGGAGCAAUUGCGCGAGGCCGUGUCGCGCAGCGACGAGGAGAAGCAGCGCCUCGAGACCGAGUUGGCCCAGGUCAAGGAGAUGCUCCAACGCGAGGUCAGCCGCGCCGAGACCGACGCCAAGCGCAACUCCACUAUAAUCGUCGAGUACAAACAGAUCUGCCAGCGACUGGAGGAUGACUACAAUACCGCCAAAGCAUCUCUCAACGACUUACGCACGAAAAUCUCGAAAUGCGAAAAGUGCGCGUGCCACACGGACGAGACGGACAACAACGCGAGCUCGAACUCGAGCUCGGACAGCGCGUCCAGAGCCGCCGAUCCGGUGCUCAGCCGGGCCCAAGAGCGGGUACGCGAGCUCGAGCUCGAGCUGGCACAGACGAAGCUCGCCCACGUCGAGGCCCAGUGCAACAAUCAGGACCUCGAGCACCAGCUGCACGCGGUCCAGGCCGAACUGCAGGCGGCCCGCAACAGCUGGCUCUCCAAGACCUUGUCGAGCAUCAAGGAGGCGACCAACAAGCGCGACCAGCAGUCGUCCCAGCAGCAGCAUAGCGGCGGGGCCGGCGGCGCCCAAGCCCCCGGCAACUCGCUGAUAAACGCCAACUUUCUGAGGCGAGACAGCGCCCCGGUCGGCAACGACCUGCGCCUCGGCGGCCAUCAUCAGGGCUUCAAGGAGGCGAUCUGAUAGCAACUUGCGCGGCCGACCGAGCCGCUUGCCCAAGGUGUGGCACUGCUACGCUCGUUAUCGCUACUCGACUGAUAUAGCCGCUCUCAAGUUCCUCGAUUACUUCUUCGCUUGGCUAUGACCUAUUCACUUUUAUUCCUUUUCUUCCCUCCUCUUCAUUUGUUUGUUUUUUUUUUUUAUUUUUCGAUCGUCGUUCUUGAUUCGCCUCGUCGAUUAGAUAAGACCCCAACCAUUAGUUCUAUUUUUCUUUUCGAUCUACGAUUCAUUUUUUCUUGAAAAAUUGUGAUAAGACAAUCGGUUUUUUUUAUUUAGAUGACGACGACGAACAUCGGUAUCCAAUGCAAUGACUUUUUCGUACAUUGUCUCUAAAAUAAGUUAUUUUUGUUAUAAUUGAGCUUUUAAAGCGAGUUUCGAUCUCAGCACGAAUACAUUGAACAUUUCAAUUUUGAAGCAAUCACAAAUGAUAUUGAAAAAUCGACGUUUGUCGGUAAUAAUAGUUUAUAUAA